AAGUCUAGUCUUUCUUUGCUUGAAGCUUGAUCGCGCUGCUCUGCAUCAGUCUAAUGGUCUUGGGCAGGCCGCCCGCCCCGCAUUUUGCUGCAGUAUGCAUAUUCGUGCACAGCAGCAGUGCAGGGAGGGAGACUUUGAUACAAAUCUCCGCAGUCUAUUCUCCCACGGCGACAGAUCGCUGGGCUGGCGCUGGGGCUGGCAGGCAGCCCUAUGGAAUGGCUUGUGCGCUCGGGCCAUCCUGUUUCGGCUGGCGGCACCCGUCCCCACACUCACCGUACCCUACCCUCUGAGUCUCACAUCUGGGACAGGCGCGCGUGACUCCAUCCCAUCCAGUUCCAAGUGUAUCUCCGCCAUAUCCCUCUCGCUGCCAUAUAUAGAGCAGCCGAGCCUUUCUCUCGUUAGUCCCCCCUUUCCCCCUCUUCAUCCCACCCAUUCAAUACCAAUCAUCUGCUUCACCAAGCACCCCUCUCUUCAACCCGUCAGCGACCCAGUCUUCCCUAUCAAGCUUUUUCUGAGCAAGCGAGCAAGCAUUGAUCUCAGUGACCAGCAACGCUAGGCACCUCAACACCACGCAACCCAAGCUGCACCACCUUCGAAUCGCAAAUCAGAUUCGUGCAGCCAGCUCGCUCACAGAUUGAACUGCAUACACACUACUCACAGCCUUUUCAAACUCUCCAGGCCAAUUCAUCAACAUGGGAAAGAAGGCUGGCAAGAACGCUGAUGACGGCGCCGUUGUCCUUGCAUCCAAGAAGGUG